CAUGGCAGUGGAGUGGGAGCCGAGAGAUGUGCAGAAGCGGAUCUCAUUUGGGUCAUGUCAAGAGCGGAAAAUGUUCCCUCUCCACCACGCCCCAGACAGGCUGGGAAUCCAGCUGAUAGCUAUCAAGGGAGACCCUUUGCUCGGGCCAGGCCGUUACCUGAGUCAAGAGAGAAGCAGCCUCAGACACUCUUUGGAAAACAAACCACUGAGCAAGAAAGGCUAUGUGAUAGGAGCAAGAACAGCCCAGCGUUUCAUACCAGAGCCACAGACUGUGACUCCCAGCCCAGCAACGUACCAGUCAUUCUGGAUGAAAGAGAGAAAAUGCCAGCCUGCCUAUGCUCCAUUUUCCAUUAAGACACCACGAUUUCCAGAUAAGCCUUCAGAUAAAGAAUUAUUCCCUGGACCUGGAACUUACAAAGCAGACAAGCAAUUACACAAAAAAAUCACUUGGCCGAUGAAGUUUGGCUCUCCAGACUGGUCUUUAGUGCCAAUGCCAGCAAAGAGGAUGCUAAAAAUGGAGGUACAGAAGCUGACCAUAGACAGAGAAUUCAGGAAACACCGGGACCGAGUGGCCUACCUGAGUUUAUACUACAGCUGAGGAGCCAGGGCUGCCGCCACACGUCCUCCCCUUCCAGCGGGACAGCUCAGGCCUCGCCUCCGCUUCCCGGCCACUUGUGGAGACCUUCAUCUGCACUACCCAGCCUCUCCAAAUAAAACCAUUUCAAAAAGAGGGAUUUCUUGCCACUAAUUGUGCUUACCUGGUAUCACACAAGGUGUCUACUGCCUCUGCGGGUGUUUGGGUGCUGCUGGGUCUGGGGCACAGCACCCCCUCGGCCCAGGCGGGGCUGGCG